CGAAUAUUGGUUUUUCGGGCGAUAAGCAAAAUCACAAACGAUGAUUUACAUAAAGUCGGAAAAUGGUUAAAAUAAUGUGAAUUUGAUUUUUGGGUAGGAUGUGGUUGGUAAGACAACAGCGUUUUAUGUGUAUAUGGGGUCGACUCAUUGAUUUACAGAGUUCGGCGUUUCUAAAUCAUACGAGAAGGCGUAAGAUCUGUGAUACAUCGAGUGAAAUGCCAAAAGUACAGUGUCGGGAACGUUAUGUAUUGCCUGCGAAAUUCGAUUUCCGUGUAUGGUUCCCCAUGCAUAUGUCUGUGCAGUUAAAACGAAUGAUUGGUAAACUGAGAACAGUGGAUCUUAUCAUUGAGGUGCACGAUGCUCGGGUGCCAAUUACUGGGCGCAACCCUCAGUUUUAUUCGUCUUUAUACGCCAUACGACCACAUAUCCUUGUGAUGAAUAAAAUGGAUCUCAUCAAUAAGGAUUUAAGAAAACCAAUCGAAGAUUAUUAUCGUGAUAAUGGUAUGACGAAUUUAGUAUGGACAAACUGCAAAAAACGUCUCAGGAAACCACUCACAGACUUACAAAAUGUAAUGUUGCGAUGUCUUCGUGAAGAACCACGUUUUAAUCGAACUGUGAAAACGGAAUACCAGGUUAUGGUAGUAGGCAUUCCUAAUGUGGGCAAAUCGUCAUUGAUCAACUCACUGCGACUAAUCAAUCUUGGGAACAAUCAGAAGGCUGUAGAGGAAGGUAGCAGACCAGGAGUAACAGUACGUGUCCAAAACCGUGUGCGGAUUUAUGACCAGCCGUUAAUAUAUAUAGUAGAUACACCGGGAGUACUGAAUCCAUUGGCAAGGGAUAUAGCUGGUGCAAUGAAACUGGCACUGUGCAAUCUUAUCUUAGAAAGUGCUACACAAGUUCAUUAUGUUGCCGAUUACCUGUUGUAUUGGUUAAAUAGAACAGGUGACUAUUCUUAUGUUGAGAUUUUCAAUCUGCGUAAUGGACCAUCAGAUGAUAUACAGAAAGUAUUAUUGGAUAUAUGUCAAUCCAAUGAUCUUCGCUUUCAAAGUUACAUUGCUAAACAACGAGUUGAACGAUGGGACAUCGAUAAGGCAGCCAAAUUGUUUAUCAAUAUUUUCCAGAACAACAAAUUACGUGAUCACUGUUUAGAUAAUGAUCUUCUAUUGGAUUAUAUGAAUAAAAAUGAAUAA